CCCAGGCAAGUUUGGUUCUUCGGGGGCUAGACAAAUUUCUUUCUCGGUGGGGCGGCUGAACAGUCUUCCCAAGUACCUACUUUGGGUCCAAGUUUCCUACCUGUGUCUCUAGUCUGUAGGGAUUUCUUGAUUUCUAACUCACUAUUUUCACCACUCCUGGGGAAAAUAUGUAUCGACCUAAGGUUAAAUUCCACCUGGCCCAGGAGCCUCCUUUGAAAAGCAGGAAACUAGGAAUCUCGUUGUAAAGAAUUCCUGGGCCUCAGAGGAGUCAUUGCCUCUGCCUCAUAGCCUACGCUGUCUCUGUUUUGGGAUGCAGGGUUCUCUUUCUGUUUUUUUUGAGAAGUUCCUGGUUUAAUUCACUCUCCCAUGAUGAACUGUUGUGUCUGGUAUGUGUUAUGCAGCUGCGUUUCAGUCAGCCCUUGCCCGGGAGUAUAUGAGAGUGACCCAGUGAAACCAGAAACUGCCAUUGAGUAGCAGGAUGGGAAAGCAAUGUCUAGGGACCAGGAUCCCUUUGUCAGUUUUUCCUUCUUCCUCUUCUCUGGCCCCUCCCAGGCCUUCUCUGAGGGAGAAGAGGAAGGGCUAUGCAAAUGAGCACCCUUUUCUUAUAUAGGGGCCUAUCCCAGUCCCCCCAGUGCCUUUGGUUGCUGGAGGGAAGAACACAAUGGAUCUGGUGCUAAAAAGAUGCCUUCUUCAUUUGGCUGUGAUAGGUGCUUUGCUGGCUGUGGGGGCUACAAAAGGACCCAGAAACCAGGACUGGCUUGGUGUCUCAAGGCAACUCAGAACCAAAGCCUGGAACAGGCAGCUGUAUCCAGAGUGGACAGAAGCCCAGAGACUUGACUGCUGGAGAGGUGGUCAAGUGUCUCUCAAGGUCAGUAAUGAUGGACCUACACUGAUUGGUGCAAAUGCCUCCUUCUCUAUUGCCUUGAACUUCCCUGGAAGCCAAAAGGUAUUGCCAGAUGGGCAGGUUAUCUGGGUCAACAAUACCAUCAUCAAUGUAGAGACAGGGUUUUACCGCGUUGGCCAGGCUGGUCUCGAACUCCUGACCUCAGGUGAUUUAACCGCUUCAGCCUCCCAAAGUGCUACGAUUACAGGGAGCCAGGUGUGGGGAGGACAGCCAGUGUAUCCCCAGGAAACUGAUGAUGCCUGCAUCUUCCCUGAUGGUGGACCUUGCCCAUCUGGUCCUUGGUCUCAGAAGAGAAGCUUUGUUUAUGUCUGGAAGACCUGGGGCCAAUACUGGCAAGUUCUAGGGGGCCCAGUGUCUGGGCUGAGCAUUGGAACAGGCAGAGCAAUGCUGGGCACACACACCAUGGAAGUGACUGUCUACCAUCGCCGGGGAUCCCGGAGCUAUGUGCCUCUUGCUCAUUCCAGCUCGGCCUUCACCAUUACUGACCAGGUGCCUUUCUCCGUGAGCGUGUCCCAGCUGCGGGCCUUGGAUGGAGGGAACAAGCACUUCCUGAGAAAUCAGCCUCUGACUUUUGCCCUCCAGCUCCAUGACCCCAGUGGCUAUCUGGCUGAAGCUGACCUCUCCUACACCUGGGACUUUGGAGACAGUAGUGGAACCCUGAUCUCUCGGGCACUUGUGGUCACUCAUACUUAUCUGGAGCCUGGCCCAGUCACUGCCCAGGUGGUCCUGCAGGCUGCCAUUCCUCUUACCUCCUGUGGCUCCUCCCCAGUUCCAGGCACCACAGAUGGGCACAGGCCAACUGCAGAGGCCCCUGACACCACAGCUGGCCGAGUGCCUACUACAGAAGUCGCGGGUACUACACCUGGUCAGGUGCCAACUGCAGAGCCCUCUGGAACCACAUCUGUGCAGGUGCCAACCACUGAAGUCAUAAGCACUACACCUGUGCAGAUGCCAACUGCAGAGAGCACAGGUACGACACCUGAGAAGGUGCCAGUUUCAGAGGUCAUGGGUACCACACUGGCAGAGAUGUUAACUCCAGGGGCUAUAGGUAUGACACCUGCAGAGGUGUCAAUUGUAGUGCCUUCUGGAACCACAGCUGCACAGGUAACAACUACAGAGUGGGUGGAGACCACAGCUGGAGAGCUACCUACCCCUGAGCCUGAGGGUCCAGAUACCAGCUCAAUCAUGUCUACGGAAAGUAUUACAGGUUCCCUGGGCCCCCUGCUGGAUGGUACGGCCACCUUAAGGCUGGAGAAGAGACAAGUCCCCCUGGACUGUGUUCUGUAUCGAUAUGGUUCCUUUUCCGUCACCCUGGACAUCGUCCAGGGUAUUGAAAGUGCUGAGAUCCUGCAGGUUGUGCCAUCCAGUGAGGGAGAUGCAUUUGAGCUGACUGUGUCCUGCCAAGGGGGGCUGCCCACGGAAGCCUGCAUGGAGAUCUCAUCGCCAGGGUGCCAGCCCCCUGCCCAGCAGCUGUGCCAGCCUGUGCCACCCAGCCCAGCCUGCCAGCUGGUUCUGUACCAGAUACUGAAGGGUGGCCUGGGGACAUACUGCCUCAAUGUGUCUCUGGCUGAUGCCAACAGCCUGGCAGUGGUCAGCACCCAGCUUAUCAUGCCUGGUCAAGAAGCAGGCCUUGGGCAGGCUCCCCUGUUCGUGGGUAUCUUGCUGGUGUUGAUGGCUGUGGUCCUUGCAUCUCUGAUAUAUAGGCGCAGACUUAUGAAGCAAGCCUUCUCCAUUCCCCAGCUGCCACAUAGUAGCAGUCACUGGCUGCGUCUACCCCGCAUCUUCCGCUCUUGCCCCAUUGGUGAGAACAGCCCACUCCUCAGUGGGCAGGAGGUCUGAGUACUCUCAUAUGAUGCUGUGAUUUUCCUGGGUUGACAGAAACACCUAUAUUUCCCCCAGUCUUCCCUGGGAGACUACUAUUAACCGAAAUAAAUACUCAGAGCCUGA